AGAUGUCCAGUGCGUCUAUGAAGAGCUACGAAAGAUCUCUGCUCCAGACCAGGUCACGCGUCGUAGAGUGGAUCGGUGUGUAGAGAUUUCUACAUUUGUUGCAUCCAGAGCCUCAAGUAGGUUGCAAAAAAGGAGGAGCAAGACUGGCCAGAAGCAGGCUCUCUCUUUAAUUCAAGCACCUGCAAUUCAGGUUCUGUUGCCUCCAUUUUGAAAGGCACCUCAGUACUUUCAAGCAGGUCUUCUGCAAGGCGACAAGAUGCUGCUGCUGAUGUUGCUGCAAGUCAGGCUGUUCUUAAAGUGUUACAAGAACAAGAAAAAGAACAGUUAGAAAUCGAGCGUCUAGAAGCUGAAGCUAAGCAAAAGAUAGCUGAGCAGGAGGCAGCAGCAGUAAAACGUCGGUUAGAAAGAGAGGCAGAAGAGGUAAAACGAAGAAUGCAGAGAGAGGAAGAAGAAGCUAAAAUUAAGGCUCAACUAGAGGAAGAGCACGUAGCUCUACAAAGGACUCUGGAGGAAAAGCGGAGAAAAUUACAGCAUCUGGAGGCAAUGAAGGAUCUCAGUGCAGCAAGGGCGAGAAUGCUGGUGUACAAUCAAGAGAAUGACAAAGAGGAGGUGCAAAAGGACUGGGCAUACAUUGCACCAAUGCAGGAAGUUCGGGGAGAAAGCAGUUAAUGAUAGAGUUAAAUUCAUUCAAAUGGAAAAGUUGUGCUUUGGUUGUCUGAAGUACGGUCAUCACUCAAAGAGUUGCAUCAGUAGGAGUGUUUGUGACAAGUGCCAGAAGCGUCAUCCUACUUGUUUACACGAAGAACAAACCAAAGAGAAGCAAAAACCACCACAGGCCAAGCAAAAUCGGAAUCAUGAAACUUCGAGUGAGGUUCAUGAAGAAGUACAACUAGCACAGGAUUACGAAAUGACCAGAACUGCUACUUCAAAUACAGUAAUGCUUCAUGGAGCUAAAAUGCAAACAGCUGCAAUAGUUCCAGUGUGGCUUUCCUGCACAACACAACCAGCACAAGAAGUCCUUGUGUAUGCUUUAUUGGACUCGCAGAGUGACACAACAUUUGUGUUGAGUGAAGCAGCAGAAACCUUACAGAUAAAUAGAGAGCAAGUCAAGCUUAAGCUUUCUACCAUGACGUCAAGAACUACAGUGGUGAGUUCUCUAAGAGUAAGUAACCUACAAGUCCGUGGCUUUUACUCCAACAAGAGAAUCUCCUUACCACCAGUGUACACGCGUGAUUUCAUCCCAGCUAACAGAACUCACAUCCCAACCAAUGAAACUGCAGAAGCGUGGCCCCAUCUAGUACACUUACAGUCAGAAAUUGCACCUCUGCAGGACUGUGACGUGGGUCUGCUUAUCGGAUAUGACUGUUCACAAGCCCUGCUUCCGAGAGAAGUUGUGUCUGGCAAAGAGAACGAGCCUUAUGCACAACGUACAGACCUUGGAUGGAGUAUUGUUGGUAAUGGAAACCCCUGUGUUGAUUAUGGGGACGCAAUCGGAAUCAGUCAUCGCAUAGUAGUGAGACAAGUGAUACCAGAUGUUGAGUCUUCUGUCAACCUCAAAAGGGUAGUGCAUUAUGUGAGCCAAACCAAAGUAAAGGAAGUAACUCCUUCAGACAUCAUAAGGGUCUUGGAAUCAGACUUCUCAGAAAGAACUGGAGAUGAUAUUGUGUCUCAAGAUGAUCUCAAGUUCCUGACAAAGUUGAGAAAAAACAUUGUGCAAAAUGAUACAGGUCACUUUGAAAUGCCACUGCCAUUCAAAGAAGACAGGCCUAAAUUACCCAACAACAAGAUAUGUGCCAUACAUCGCUUGAAGUGCCUGGAAAGGAGACUAAAGAAAGACCAACAGUACUACAGAGACUAUGUAAGCUUCAUGAAUGACAUCAUUUCAUGUGGUGAUGCAGAGAAGGUCCUGAUGAAGAAAAUGAUGAGAAAUUGGCUUGGUAUAUUCCACAUCAUGGGGUUUAUCAUCCACAGAAACCAGGGAAAAUACGUGUGGUAUUUGACUGCUCUGCCAAAUUCCAAGAAACAUCUCUCAACGACCAUCUACUCACUGGUCCAGAUUUAA